AUGGAAGAGUCUGACGAGAAAGGGUGCAUUUUCCAAGGUGAGAAACUAAGCUCGGAGAACUGGGAUGAGAUCACUUACACUCAGCCCGGUUGCUCCCUCUGUAUGACCAGCAAAGGAGAACCCCCACAAGUAAGGGAUUGGAACUUCUGGACAGUUCUCACGAAUCCAGGCAUAGCUGGCCGCUUCACAGCGGACCUUUUCCUCAGCAUUACCAGAGCCGCCUACUUUGAAUGGAAGUGGAAAGCGAAUCAUCACUCGUCCGCCUGGUCGGUGUCUCCAAUUAUCGAUAUAUACCGGCAGGCAGACGUUGAAGCUGCCGUGAACCCAUUCUUCGGAACACGAAAGCCGACACUUCUCAGCCCUGCUCAGUCGAAGGUAGCAUGUCACAAUAUCUUCUAUUUCCUUUGUAUGCUGCAAGAGAUAUCUGAGAAAGUCUUCCCUCUUCUGCCAAUAGGUAAGUCGGUGUAG